AUGGCAGCCGACGAGCUUUGGGCCCAGGGCAUCGUGGAAUAUCUGCCCGAGGUGAAAUCAAACCCGCAGACAACGGCGGGGCUUUGGGCCUUUGAGGCAUCCGUGCAGGCGGAUGCCAGCGACUCCAAGCGGCUCUUUUUCCUGGCCACGCUGCUCUAUCACGCAGAACGGCUAGAAGAGGCCGAGCGAUUCUACCGAAAGGUGAUUGAGGCUGAGCCAGCAAGUGGCCACGGCUACCUGGAGCUGGUCCUUUUCCUGGAGUCCGCCGGCAGGCGCGAGGAGGCGCGGCUUGUCGCACGCCGAGCUAUUGAAGCCAAAGCGUGUUGGGCGGACGAGUGGCAGCGGCCGCCUAUUUAUGUGCGAGGUCUCACCUCGAAGGCCUGGUGGGCGCGGGAAGACUUUCCAUGGUCAGCCGACCUGGAAAACGCUUACCCUGCCAUCAAGGCUGAGAUGAUGGAGCUCUUCGGUGCACGUGGCGACCAGGGCGGCAACAUGCCCAAGAGCUGGGUUCGAGUUGGGGAUGAGAGAGCCUCCCAAGAUGGAGACAUAGUGGCCCCGGGUGGCGAGUGGAGGGAGUUCCUCCUAUACUCGGCGCAGGACCAAAGCAAGUCCACAGCAAAUCCGGAGGUGCUGAAACUCUUUCCGAAGACGUGUGAGCUGCUGGAGUCCGUGCUGCCUGGGGCAGUGGCCAUGGCGAAGAUAGGGGUUGGAGAGAUUAUCUUGUCGGCCAUAUCUCCAGGCACCAAGCUAGUGCCUCACUGUGCGUCCAGCAAUGUCCGCCUGACGUGCCAUCUGGGGCUCGUAUGCCCAGAAGGGGCUCGCGUUCGCGUAGGGCCAGAGUGGGGCACUUGGGAGGAGGGCCGGUGCAUCUUCUUCGACGACAGUUACGAGCACGAGGUGACAAACGACGGCAGCAGCAUGAGGAUCGUGCUGCUGAUACGAUUCUGGCAUCCGGAACUGGCGGCGGAGGAAUGGCUAUCGACUCUGAACUCCGGGAUGGAAGAGUACAGCGCCAUGCUGCAAAGACGCGUCUCGCCGCCGGUGAACAGCAGUGUGGCAGAAUUGCUGAUGGCGAAGGAGACCUCCUUCCCACCGAAGGGUGCCACAUUAGACAGCGCAGAACGGGCGGCGGCCAUCCUGAAAGCUGACGCGCCUGAUCUUGCCAUCAACGGCAGCCAUGAUGUAGGGCUCUUGGAUGUUAGUGACGAGCUAUAUUGA